CUGAUUUCAGUGUAGAUCUGUUACUUUCUUUUAUGAGCCUCGACACACAGCAAGAGUUUCACCUGGUGUGUGUCAACUGUGCAGGCCUGGUGAUCGGACGGACGAGCAUCACAGUUUGUAGUUAUCAGAACAUCAACAUCUUGUCUGCUUGAAUUGCUCUUUGGCAAGUUUCCAUCAAAGUGACAUCAUGGCAGCAUCAGCAUCUGCAGCACACGCAUUUCAACUCAGGAUCGUGGUGUUUGGAAAGAGUCAGAAUAAAAAGACAAUACUUACCAACUUCAUGACAGGGAAAAAAGAUUUUGUUUUUCUGAAAAUGUCCGCACAAAGUACAGUCGCUCAAGGAGAGUGGAUGAAAAUACCUGUAACAGUAGUGAACACUUCAGACGUCUUCAGUCUGCCUAAGGAUAAAGUGAGACACGAGAUGAAAAAAUGUGUUGCUCUUUGCCCCCCUGGACCAAAUGUUCUCCUGUUGUUGGUGAAGCCUUCGGAUUUCACUGAACAAGACAGAGAGAAAUUAAACUUCUUUCUGAGCAUGUUUGGUGAAGAUGCUUUUAAAUACUCGAUGGUCAUCUUUACACAUAACGAGGAAAGAAAGAAUUCGGCAGUGGAUAAACUCAUACAAGACUGCAGACAAAGGCAGCAAAGAGUUAACUUUGAUAAAAAAGAUCCUUCAGAAUCCGAUCUUAUAGAACUCAUCGAAAAGAUGGAGAAAAUAGUGUGUGACAACAAAGGAGGACAUCUAAACUGUAGUGAAGGGGCUGAUCGCAUGACAGUAUCUGUAACUUCCAAACCUCCUCUGAACUUAGUGUUGUGUGGGAGACAUGGAAUCUGGAAGACUUUGGCAGCCAAUGCCAUUCUGGGAAAAAGCAAGUUUGGUCCACCUGCUGACUCAAAGUGUGUUAAACAUCAGGGAGAGGUGUGUGGACGUCAGGUUUCCGUGGUGGAGCUGCCUGCCUUGUAUGGAAAACCUCAGGAGGCAGUAAAGAGGGAUACUUUUAGGUGUUUGUCCCUCUGUGAUCCUGAGGACGUCCAUGCCUUCAUCCUGGUCCUACCUGUGGGUCCCCUCACUGAUGAAGACCAGAAAGAGUUAGAGACCAUCCAGAACACAUUCAGCUCUCGAGUGAACGACUUUACCAUGAUUCUGUUCGCUGUGGAUUCAGAUCCUACAGCUCCAGCUGUUGUUAAUUAUGUAAAAAGGGACGGAGACAUCCAGAAGCUCUGUCAGAGCUGCAGAGGACGAUACAUAGUCUUCAACAUCAAGGACAAGCAGCAGGUCUCUGAGGUGUUGCAUACUGUGGAAAAGAUGACAGAUGCGGGAUCCAGAUGCUUCACAAAACAAAUGAUUGUCAAGCCUCGAGAGAAAAAGGAUGGUUGUAAAUCUGAACUGGAGAUGGCAGGACGUUAUAUGAAACAGCGCAGAGAGUGUCUCAGGAUGGUGCUGAUUGGGAAGACUGGUUGCGGAAAGAGUGCCACUGCAAACGCUAUUUUGGGCAAAGAAUGCUUCGAAUCUAAAGCCAGCAUGAAGUCAGUGACCAGGCUUUGCAAAAAAGAAGAGGGAGAGAUUGAUGGGCAGCCUGUUGCUGUGGUCGACACACCCGGCUUGUACGACACGACUCUGUCCAAUGAUGAAGUUAAAAAGGAGCUUGUGAAAUGCAUCAGCUUGUUGGCUCCAGGACCUCAUGUGUUCUUAUUAGUGCUGCAGAUCGGCCGCUUUACACAAGAGGAAAAAGAUACUGUGAAACUGAUCAAGGAGAUUUUUGGCAAGAAGUCAGGAGACUUUAUCAUUAUUAUAUUCACCAGAGGAGAUGAUCUUCAAAAUCAAACAAUGGAGAGUUACAUGGAAGAAGCGUGUGACGACUUUGUCAAAGAACUGAUUGAUGACUGUGGAGGAAGAUACCAGGUCUUCAAUAACAAAGAUCAGAAGAAUAAAACACAAGUCAGACAGCUGUUGAAAAAUGUAGAGCAAAUGGGGAAGAAAAACGGUGGCAGCUGCUACACCACAGAGAUGUUCCAAGAAGCUGAGGCAGCCAUAGAAAAGGAAGUGAGGAGGAUCCUGAAAGAGAAAGAAGAAGAGAUGCAGAGAGAGAGAGAGGAGCUAGAAAGAAAACAUAACGAAAAAAUUCAAGCUAAGAGCAAAAAAAUUCAACAAGAAAGAGCAGAAAGAGACAAAGCACUGAGGGAAAAGGAGGAGUACAUUAAAAAAGAACAGGAAAAAAGGAAGAGAGACGAGGAAAAGAGAGAAGAAGAGAACAGGCAUUCGAAAAUUCACGAAGAACAUCUGCGACAGCAAUGGGAACAGAAACUUGAAGCUCUGGAGAAAGAAAUAAAAGCAGAAUCAGAAAAAAACGUAACAGCAGACAGAAAGUUGAUGCAAAGCAGAGAAGAUAUCAGACGAGAACGAGAGGCUUGGGAAAAAGAACGAAAGGAAUGGUGGGAGAAACGACAUCAAGAAGAUCAACAAAGACACGAGGAGGAGCAAACACGACUCAUAAAGCUCAGAGACGAAUAUGAGCAGGAAAGAAAGGAAUAUGAAAACAAAAGAAAAGAAGAUCGAAUCAGAAGAGAACUAGAGGAAAGAGAAUGGAAGGAAGUACAGCAAAACUAUGAGAAAAGAGUGGAGGAAAUGAAGGAAAAAAAUGCAGAGGAGGCCAGAAAGCAAGCUGAAGAAUUCAAUGAGUUCAGAAACAAAUAUACAACAGACUUUGCAUCUCUGAUGGAAAAGCAUGGCAAGGAAAUGGAAGACAUGAAGCAAAAGCAACAAAAAAACAAUGAGCUCAUGCUGAAACACCUGCUCAUGAACACAGCGUAUGAGAAAGACUUUAAAAGACUGAAGAAGAAACAAGAACAAGAGAUGAAUGAGCUUCAGCAGAACCUCUCUGAAGAAAACACAGAAGAUCUGGAUGAAGAAAUCAAUGAACUACAGAAAAAACAUGAUGAAGAAGUCAAUGUCUGGGUACAAGAACAUGCGGAGAAAGCCACAGCAGAUAAGUCUUGCAGCAUUUUAUGAGAUGCUGUCUUUUAUCUAAAUGUCACAACAGCAACAGGGCUUUAGUUGUUAAACUGUGACAGCAUUUUGUUUUGAAGAAUUAAAAAAAAAAUCAAAUUAUGUUCUCUCUUUUUAUUUUCCUGUUGAACUAGAUAUGUUUGUCUAUUGAUUAUGUACACUUGAUGCUUUUAUCCAGUCCUUCAUAUACAGCAGUUAUAUUACUCCAUUUAACCAAGGUUUGACAUACAAAUACUGUAUUGUAAUAAGUAAAUACUUUCAGAUGAGUCUAUUCUAAAAAGUCUGUCAUUUGAAAUUCUUUGGGGGUUUUUCGUUUUGCAAGUUAAAUAAAACUGACAUGUACUUGUUUUCCUUAUAACACAAGAGAUAUUGCCGCAAAUGUUGCCUGCAAACUAAAAGCAUGAAUAAAUGUUGACCAAUCAUAAGAAUGUUAGUGAAAACCUCACACUAAGUAACAUGCUUUAAGAGUUCACUAAAUAUUUAAUCAUGCUCUUUUCUUUUUUUACUUCAAAAAAGCAAUGUCUGUAUGUAUACAUUUAAAAACAAAACAAAGGCAGUCAUCUCACAAAGUUAAUAUCCUGUCUUUUUUCUUUGGUUCAGGUAUGUUUAUUAUUGCAGAAGAUUAAUACUGUGUUGUUCAUGUUUGAUUUUAUUUUGAUUUUAUGUAAGGUGAAAUUGCUUUCAGAAUUGUUCUUACCUGAUGAAUCUGGAAAUGUAUUCUCUU